AUGGGGCCAUCCCCGCUGACAGCAGGAAAGGCAGAUACGGAGGCGGAGACCGGAGCAGGAACAGGGAGAAAUGAGGACACGGCAACCUGGCUGCUCCCCGCCCACGGUCAGCGCCCUCGGAGCACCAGCCGGGGGCUGCAGCCAUCAGAUGGGGGACCUGCCCUGCUCCACGUGCCCACGGUCACCACAGCCCACGGGUUCCAGGUGCUGGCCCAGAGGCCCCAGGUGCUGUCUGCCGAGGCCCCGCUCUGGCGGACAUCACCAGAGACCCCUGCAGACCCCAGCUGGAUCCUGGACCAACCCGAGAUCCCCGGGACCCCGCCCCAUGGCAGAUUCCAGAAUCUCUCGAAGACAAGGAAGCUAAGGUCCAGAGAGGUCGACCAACGUGUCCUGGGUCACAGAGCCGGGGUCCUAGCCCAGGGGGUGGGCUGCCUGCAGCACCAUCUGCCCCCCACACCCAUCCUGUGCUCUGAAGCCCAUCAUGUGGGUGCAGAAAGUCUGCCACCCCCAGCCCCUGGAGCCCUCACUCCACCCCGGAGCACCAGUGACACCGCAGAGCCCUGCAGCCCCCCAGGACUAUCCAGGUGCGGCUGGCCACCCCCAGGUUCCUGGCCAGUGACGCAGGAGAGGACUCCAAUUCCACAUGGACAUGAAUGUAAAAAUAAGAAGCUUUGGUCAACUUUGCAAAUGGGGGGUGGAGGGGAGAAGGGGUCUUCAAUCCCUGGGGCCGUUGGUUUGAGCUCAGGCUGGCCCAGGUGAGACUGACAAUGCCCCUGCCCCGGGGAUCUGGCCCUCCUGCUCCCCACGUCCCCCUGCAGCUCCAAUCCCAUCUGGAGCCUCCACUAUCCGCAGAAAUAGGUCCCCCUGCCACCCCCUCAUCAGAAUGGGAGCUUUGUGGGGGUGGGCUCUGAUGCUCAAUAAAUGUCCUCUGCUGAUG